GAAUAGCAAGCCUAAUGGCGUCAUUUCUCUGUUUCAACGGAUGAAGAAAAUUUCCAGGAUGCUGUGGUGAUGGCAUCGCGAUGACCACGGCACCAAAAGGAAAAUUCCAUGAAAAUUACAUUGAUCCACGAGGAAAUUUCCUGCUAGACCAAAGAGUGCAAUGAAAAGAUGUUACGUCAAAUACCUAUCCCGAUCGCUGAAAAAACGGAGCUACUACACCGUUUUCGAGACGUAUGUUCGCGGGUUGCUUCUUUCUGCAACUCCAAGUCUUUGAAACAGGGUGUUUGCAUUCACAGCCAAAUAAUCAAAUUGGGUAUUCAAGAUCAUUUGUAUUUAAACAACAAUCUGCUGUCUCUUUACGGGAAAUGCUUCGGGUUGGAACAUGCACGCCAAUUCUUCGAUGAAAUGCCGCGCAGGGAUGUUGUUUCCUGGACUGGGAUUCUCUCUGCUUAUGUUAAGGAGGAGAAACACGAAGAGGCCCUUGAUAUCUUCGAUCUUAUGAUCCUUUCGGGUCCGUUUCCAAAUGCCUUCACUUUAUCCACCGUCUUACGUUCAUGUUCUGCUCUGGGAGAAUUCAGUUUUGGAAAACGUAUUCAUGCUUCUUCAAUAAAGCAUGGGUUCGAGUCGAACCAAAUUUUGGGUAGCGCUUUAAUUGGUUUCUACUGCAAGUUUAAUUAUUCUGACGAGGCAUGUAAACUUUUUAGCUAUAUGGAUAAAGGUGAUACCAUAUCAUGGACCACGAUGAUUUCUUCUUCUGUACAAGCUGGGAAGUGGAGUCAGGCUUUGCGGCUUUAUAAGGAUAUGAUAGAAUCUGAUGUUUCUCCAAACGAGUUUACUUUUGUUAAACUUUUAGCGGCAUCUGGUUCAGUUAGUUUGAACCAUCGGAAAUUGUUUCAUGCCCAUAUGAUAGUUUUGGGAGUUGAAAUGAAUUUGGUAGUAAAGACGGCACUGUUUGAUAUGUAUUCAAGAUACCAGAUGAUGGAAGAUGCCAUUAAGAUCUCAAAGCUCACACCCGAAUUUGAUGUAUUAUUAUGGACUGCCAUUAUCUCUGGGUUGGCUCAGAACUUCAAGUUCAAGGAGGCUGUUGCUGCAUUUCAGGAGAUGGAGAUUUCCGGAAUAUUGGCAAAUAAAUUCACAUAUUUGAGUAUGCUGGUUGCUUGCACGUCAAUUCUGUCACUGGAUUUGGGAAGGCAGAUCCACUCUAGGGUUAUCAAGACUGGCUUGGAGUACGAUGUUCCCAUAGGAAAUGCACUUGUUGAUAUGUACAUGAAAUGUUCUCUCACAGUAGAAGAUGGGUUGAGAGUGUUUACAGGUAUAGAGUCACCUAAUAUCAUCUCUUGGACAUCAUUGAUUGCAGGUUUUUCUGAACAUGGAUUUCAACAGGAUUCGUUUAACUCAUUUAUGGAGAUGAGGGCUGUUGGAGAGCAACCGAAUUCAUUUACUCUCUCUAUCAUUCUCAGGGCCUGCAGUGCAAUAAAAUCUCUGAAUCAGACGUCGCAGCUACAUGGAUUUAUAAUCAAGACUAAUGCAGACCAUGAUAUUAUAGUUGGUAAUGCUCUUGUGGAUGCUUAUGCUGGAUCGGGGCAGGUAGAUGAUGCAUGGCAUGUGGUACGAUAUAUGAAGCAACGAGAUGCCAUCACAUACACAAGUCUGGCUUCAAGAUUUAAUCAGAUGGGCCGUCAUGAACUUGCAUUAAAUGUAAUGGGUCACAUGUUCAAUGACAAUGUGGAGAUAGAUGGAUAUAGCCUGGCAUGCUUCUUUUCUGCAUCAGCUAGCUUGGGCAGAACUGAAACUGGGAAGCAACUUCACUGUUAUUCUGUGAAAUCCGGUUUAAGCGGCUGCAUUUCAGUCUCGAAUAGCCUAGUUGACCUGUAUGGGAAAUGUGGACUUCUUAAUGAUGCUCGCAGAGCAUUUACAGAAAUAACUAAGCCGGAUGUUGUAUCAUGGAAUGGCUUGAUAUCUGGAUUGGCAUCAAAUGGAUAUGUCUCCUCUGCUCUUUCUGCUUUUGAUGAUAUGAGGUUAUCAGGAGUCAAACCUAAUUCUGUUACAUUCUUGUCAGUGCUUUUCACUUGCAGUCAUGGAGGUUUAGUGGACCUGGGUCUCCAGUACUUUUAUUCUAUGAGGGAGAUGCACGAUGUAGAACCACAAUUGGAUCACUAUGUUUGUUUAGUAGAUCUCCUUGGCCGAGCUGGCAGGCUGGAGGAGGCUAUGGAUGCCCUAGAAACUAUGCCUUUUAAGCCAGAUGCUUUGAUCUACAGAACUUUGUUGGCUGCCUGCAGAGUUCAUAAGAAUAUGGCUCUUGGAGAACAAGUGGCAAGGCUAGGUCUAGAGCUUGAUCCGUCGGAUCCUGCAUUCUAUACGCAGCUUGCAAAUUUGUAUAAAAACUGUGGGCGGUCAGAUUUGAGUAAAAGACUCGGUUGUUGACCAAAGACAGAGGGUUGAACAACAUUGUGUACGCUUAGGAGAAAUGAAAGCAACAAUUACUCUUUCUACACAGGAGAUAGAUCAUGUCCCACAUUCAUGAGAUUUAUUGGAAUUAUUUUACGAGAGAGUUUAAGGAUCAGGGAUAUCAAGGUAAUGAAGAUUUGUUUUACCAGUGGGAACAUAGUUGUUGCUCUUGGUCUUUGACAAUUAGCAUAGCUAUCAAAGGGUACUACUACAUGCUUAAUCAAAUAUAUGCACAUUCGUAGAGAUUCCCAUGACAUCAUAAGCAGUGUGACAGAUGUGGUCAAUAGAGAUAUGGAAUUUGACUCAAUUCUAUUUUUUUUCAGUAAAAGUGUGUAUUCAUGCUUGGAUAUUGCAAGAAGUUAUCAUUCUCAAUAGCCUUCCAUAAUCAACUGAAACUGCAAUGCUGAACAGGCCAUAACCAUGGCCAUCGUCAUGGCCAUCGCCUUACAUUAUGAAAGAAGGGAGCGGAUAAAGCAGUUGGGAUGGUCAACGAGCUAAAACCUCAGGCAUCAACUCCCGGUAAGAGUUUUUGAAAAGGAUAUCAGGCCACUCUUCAGGUGUCUGUCUCUGGUAAGAGUUUCUGAAAAGGUGGGUUAUACAAAAGCCCACCAGCUGCGGCCCAAUGAAUUGUGCUUAGAGCCUCAGGCCCUUAGGGUUUUCCCAUUCUUAUCAUAUAAUGGCUUUUCUUGAGAUGAUUCUGUGUGUUGUAUGAACUAAUGGAGCCAUGAUUAUUUUGGAUUAUGCCUUUAGUGACAAGAAGUCAAGAA